UAAACAUGAUGACAUUCAACUUUGCAUAUGAGUUCAGUCAAGUUUAAUUGUGAAUUACAAUAAUGUGCCAUAAUUUAAAGUUUAAAAUAAUUUUUAAGAUAUAGGUUUUAAACAUAUUGUACUGAUCUUGCUGUUUGCAAAGAGUUAGACGCAAUGUUGACCCACACGAUUUGUAUGGUGUCCGACUUUUUCUACCCAAAUAUGGGCGGAGUAGAAGAACACAUUUACAACUUGUCACAAUGUUUACUGGAACGAGGUCACAAAGUUAUCGUGGUCACUCACACGUACGGAGAUCGAAAGGGGGUACGGUGGAUGGCGAAUGGAUUGAAGGUUUACUAUGUUCCUGCUCAAGUAUUUUAUAAUGGAGCCAUUCUGCCAAACAUGGUCACAUUAAUACCGAUUAUGAGAGAGAUUUUAAUACGAGAACGAGUCACGAUUGUUCAUGGUCAUGCAGCAUUUUCUUCUCUAGGGCAUGAUGCUUUAUUUGUAGGGAAAUUAUUGGACCUAAAGACUGUUUUUACGGACCACUCCUUGUUCGGGUUUGCCGAUGCAAGUGCUGUGAUAACCAACCGGUUCCUAGAAAUAUCACUGGCUGAUGUGAAUCAUUGUAUUUGUGUCUCCAGAAUAGGGAAGCUGAAUACCGUACUUCGUGCCAAAAUUGAGAGUGAAUGUGUUUCUAUAAUACCCAAUGCAGUGGACGCGUCAUUAUUCAGACCUCUAGAGCCGAACGAUAUAGGGCCGCCGAAUAAUAGAAUAAUUAUAAUAAUCUUGAGCCGAUUGGUCUAUCGGAAAGGAGUAGAUCUAAUGACUGGGAUUAUUCCAAAAAUUUGUGAAUCGCAUAAAAAUGUAGACUUUUUAAUUGGUGGAGAUGGACCUAAGCGGUUAGAACUUGAAGAAAUUAGAGAACAAUACGGGAACAGAGUACAAUUGUUUGGAAAAAUCGAUCAUGCUCUAGUUCGAGAUUUUCUGAUCAAAGGUCACAUAUUUCUUAAUACUUCAUUGACGGAAGCAUUUUGUAUGGCGAUUGUCGAAGCUGCCGCUUCAGGACUACAAGUUGUUUCAACAAGGGUGGGAGGAAUUCCGGAAGUGUUGCCCCCAGAAUUGAUAACCCUUUCCGAACCUACUGUGUCAGGUCUUGUGGCAGCUCUAAAUAGUGCCAUUUCACUUCGGAAACGCCGAUUAUACGUUGACCCUUAUCAAGCCCACCAGCUCGUCAGUUCAAUGUAUAACUGGAGAGACAUUGCACGACGAACGGAAGUAGUUUAUGAUAAAGUCAAUUUUUGCUGUAAUCCAACUGAUCCAGAGAGGAUGUCUAUUUUCAUGAAAUUUGGUUAUAUGACUGGACCAUUGUUCUGCCUAGUUCUGGGAUUAGGAAGAAUACUCAUGUGGCUCUGUAACCUUUUUGUGCCUAUCGAGGAUAUCGAUAUAGCAGUUAAUUACCCAAUAUCCAAUGAACAUGCGAAACAAAAUACGCUGUAAUCGUAACGGAAAUCGUUGGAUCAUGUGUGGACCAUAUGCAUCGCAUCGGUACACAUUAACACAAUAUUAUUGCCAAUGCCUCGUAACACCAUAGUUAAAUUGGAGACUCGAUCAGAACGGAUGAAGGGGAGCGCUCUGACAGAGAAAAUAAUAACUACCACAGAACCUGAGACACAAUUUGAGGCUGGAUGAAAAGAAGGCCUGUGUCCUAUAUGUGGCGUGCAAGUUCGCUAUAUCAGUUUCUAUAGGACACAGUCGCCACCACUCAGGCACGGGCCUGAAGUUAUCCCCCUUACUCUAUGAACAAAGAGCUCUCGUCGCUUCAUCCUUAUACAUCCAUGAUUAUUGCUGUAAAGUCGUUGAACCUCAGAUGCUCAUGGAGCAUUUUCUUACGUUUGUUUAUCUAGUCAUGCAUGCAAAAUUAAGUAUUCUUCGAAAUAAAUUAAGAAACUUAUGAUUUUGGUCAAUUUUUAACGUGUUUAAUAAAUCACCGUAUCCCAAAUA